CCUGCAUCCUAUUGCGAAAUGGUCUUGCGUACAGGGAGCCAAGACGGCGAGAGCGGACAGGCAGCGAACACGGCGAGGGGGCACGUUUUCACCGCAUUCCGCAUUUCUCUGUCCCGUUUAUUUUUCUUUUCUCCUUUUCUGCUCUCAUCUCUGGCUCUUUCUCGUCUUUGGACGCUGUCGCGCCGUUCCUCGCUGAUCUCUCCUGCGGGUGUACAACAUAGGCGGUCCCAUUGUUCGCUUCCACUUAGCGCUGCGCCUAAUGGCUCGCUCGACGCUUCCUGCAAUGGCUCUGGCGCGUUAUGGGUCGCGAGGGGGUACGCCCCGGAUGGCCGUGCUCUUCCCGUGUUGUCCUCCCGUAAUACCGAUGCCUGAACACUCUCGUGCUGAUGAAAAUGGCUCCCUCCCGGUGUUGGAAAUGUGACUGUAAAUGCGGCGGUCUGUGCGCGGCCCACUUGCUCGUAGUCUCGAGACCUGUUAUCUCUCUCCUGGCCGUUCGCGCCUUCCAGGAGAGAGCGAAAGACGAAGGGGAAAGUGCAGGCAACCAAGAGGAGGAAGGCGCAGACAGCUAUCGGGGCCUUUUAUCGGGCAACCUUCGUACGGCCGCAGCGCCGACCUUUGCCUUCGCAAGUUCGCCGCCAGUGUCGAGAUAUGUCCGAUGAGUCUGCGCUGGUGCAGCGCAUCGCCGAGCUGCAGGAGCGACUGCGGCACGCCGAGAUGCUGAACCACCAGCGCUGGGAGGACGUGCUGGCGCUGCAGCAGCACCUGGUGCCCCGCAACGGGAGCCUGGGCGACGGCACGCCCCUCGACUUGCAGCUGCCGGCCAUCUACAACUUCUUGCCGCACCUGACGGCGGGCCCGGACGCCGUCAGACCGGCUGUCAAGAUCUCCAGGGGACGAACUGGAGUGACCAUGGUGCUGGGUGUGCCCACUGUAAAGCGAGAGGUGCAAAGCUACCUGAUGUCCACGCUACAUAACCUGAUCAACAACAUGAGCCCCGAGGAGAGAAGGAUAUCACUCAUCGUCGUGUUUAUCGCGGAGACUGACCUGAGUUACGUCAUGAAGCAAUCCAAAGAAAUCAAAGAGGAGUUAAGCGAGCAUGUUGAGAGUGGGCUUCUGGAGAUCAUUUCUCCACCGUCGUCCUACUACCCAGACAUGGACCGCCUCCCGGAGACGCUGGGGGACCCACUCACCCGCGUGAAAUGGAGAACGAAACAGACGUUGGACUUUGCAUACCUUAUGAUGUACGCACAAAACAGGGGGACAUUCUAUUUGCAGCUAGAGGAUGACAUCCUCACCAAGCCCGGAUAUAUCACAAAAAUGAGGGAUGCCGCAUACAAUCACGUGGCCAACAAAAGGCAUUGGAUUAUCCUCGACUUCUGCCAGCUAGGCUUUAUCGGGAAACUGUUCAAGUGUGUGGACCUGUCCAAGUUUGUGGCCUUCUUUCUCAUAUUUUACAAUGACAAGCCUGUUGACUGGCUUCUAGACAACAUGGUUUCCACUAUGAUUUGCCGGAACGAUCAAGACCAUAAACAGUGCCGGAAGAGGGUAGAUACCAUAUGGAUCCAUUAUAAGCCAUCGCUAUUCCAGCAUGUGGGCAUGCAUUCAUCCUUGAAAGGCAAAGUGCAGAAAUUGAAGGACCGCCACUUUGGCAAGCUGGCACUUCAUAUUGGCCACGCCAACCCAACAGCUGUGGUGGCCACCUCACUCAAGGCCUACAAGAGCUAUAACAUUGCCAGAGCCUACCAGGGUGCCACUUUCUUCUGGGCUCUGUUGCCCCAGAAAGGCGACAACAUCACAUUCCGGUUUACACCGCCUAUCCGGAUAGAACGGUUUCUGUUCCGUAGUGGAAACCAAGAGCACCCGGAUGACAAGUUCUACAACACCACUGUCGAGGUGCGGCUUGACUACGAGCCAGUGCUUCUGCCUCUUUCGAGGACAAUCGAUGGGUUCUAUGUAGUUGGCAAGUUUAAGGACAGCACAGGGAUUGCUGAGGGAAAGCUGCCCCCUGAAAUGGGCCAUGUGCAAACCCUGCGACUGAAUAUUCAGUACGACUCAAGUCACUGGGCCAUACUGAGCGAGAUCUGGAUCAAACCAUUAAAUUCCAGUUCCCAAGCAAACCCAACUUCUUCGAAAGCUGUUCGGUGAUGGUGCCUAGGAGAUAAGUUUAGUGAAAAAAAUGUUCCACACAAGAAACGUUCCAUGAUCAGCUCCUGCCUUCAAGAACCGUUACCUCAGGACAGUGCAAUAAUUUUCUACCACAUUCACACGCCGUGCUGCACCGCAUCUGUGUGGUCCCUGAGCGCCUCCAUGACACAGUUGUGCUUGUGAAUGCCGCUUACAUUUCGAAAUGCCUUGCAACUUCAGGUGAACUGUGCAUCAUUCAAGUUGUUUUGUCUGAAAGUGCCAGAACUACAUACAGUGCCUGUGCAACGUCGGCAAAACUUCACCAUGGACAGCUUCUUUAGUUUGAAAAGUGUGUUUCAGGUAGUACUUCGGCUUGAAACAGUAAUUCACUACAAAGUGUGAUAGAUGGUUGUUGCAGCAUGUGUGUUCACAUUGUUAAGUCUUUUAGUUUAUUUGCAAUUUUAUUCAUUGUUUCACUCAACUAGGAAUACAUUGUUUAUCUAAUUUUAAAUGAAGCCUGUUUAGAAAUAAGCCUUGUGAUAGCCACAAGAGCAAUGAACGUAUAGAAGUACAAUAGGUUUUGAUAAAGAUUUGUGCACAGGCCUAUUGUAACUUCGCUGUUUAAUCAUAGUAUCUUUUUUCGACCUUCAAGUUGCCUUAAUAGGGUAGCACUGUACUCAUUAAGCUGACUAAAUAAUGAAUGGCUUUGAAACAAAAUUUUUGUAAUGUUUCUGUUAAGUUAUUAAUUGAAUAGUCGGUGUCUCACGAGUUAUGCCAAUGACUAAUUGCACCUCUUUAUGUUUUCUUUGAAUUACUAUAUCUAUGCGAAUAAGUUAGCACGAUUUGCCUGUGAUAAGUUAUUUAAAGAAAAAGAGGUGUAACAGUUUAACAUCGAGCACAAACUGUGGAGUCAUAUGCAGUGAAAACUCGGCAUUUGCCUUGAUUCUCAAUUAUAUGUAUUGCAGUAUGUACUACUUCAUCGUUUUUCAUUCUUGGCACAUAGAGCUUAUGAAGUUUCUCCUGUGAGAGACAUGGGCUACUUAUAUUUGAAUGUCACAGCUCACAGCCUAACACUGGACAUGCACAUUUGCAGUGAUAUUCAUUGCAUAUGUCAGUGAAAAAUUUAUAAAGCUUAUAUUGUGCAUUUGAUUUAGAUGUCUUUGCAUAGUUUGCUCCGAGUGAUUUCCAAUAUAAACAAGCCUUCAUGGACUACACUUGCCUGUUGUGUCCCGUUGAGGUGCGUCCUCCUUAUGUAGCACAUAAGGAGGGUUAGCGCAUCUGCACUACACUGGCAGGAAUUGAUGUUGAGAGAGGGCUGUUACCCAUUUUUUAUGAAAAGUGUUUACAAUUGUAGACUAGGCAGCUUUGUGCUUACGUUUAUAAACAGAGCACUGAAUGCUUUGCUGAAGCUUGCUAGCUUAUAUAUUAGCAUGGGUGUCACCUAACCUACACUCUUUCAAGCCAUGAGCACUAACUUGCCACUUACAGUUGAACCUCGUUAUGACAAACAAGUUAGAGUUCAAACUUUAUUUUUCCAGCAAAAUCUCAAUGGUCCGCGGAGCUAAAAGGUGCUUGAGGGCCACUUGACUGGGUGCCUGAAAACCUUCCCAUUCAGCAUACAACAGUCAUUUUAAACUAUACACUCGAGAAUGCCAUAGAUAAGCAAAAAAAUAACAGGCCAUACUUACAAUGAACACGGGACUAAGAAACUAACGCUAAAUAUUCACCAUAGCGACCUUAGCAAAAUUUAUCAUUGUAACCUGUAUGCUGUGAAUUCACAGAAUAUAUUGUCUAAAUGAAAACAUACAUUGCUGGUUGUUAAUAUAUUAUUUACCGUCAACUAAAUUUCAAGUUUGAUUCAUCAUUCUAUAUUUGAUUCUGCAUCCAGACUGCAUUAAAAGAAGCACAGGAUCCAAUGUGACAUUUAUUACUGAUUAGCAAGUGUGUGUCUUCUGGCAGCAGAACAUUGAACUAAUUGCAAAGGCAUUAUGCUAUGUUGCAAUGCCAGCUCAUAUAUACAGCCUCACACACUGUGUCGAUAUUGCAAAUUGACCGCACUGAAGUCUGCAUAUUAUACCUAAAAUACAACUUGGAAUUGAAGGGAAGGACAUGGCACAAUUAUGACCAGGCUUGAGUUUCAUAGAGGCAUGUUGUUUUCAAUCCUUGAGCACCAAUUUCAUAACCCUGAUUGAUGAUAUAUUUUCAUGAAUGCCUGUGCGGCAACCAAGGGUUGUCAAUUUGUUUGUCUGCUUUUCGGAUAUGGGGAACAUACACUUGCUUCCUGUGUUAUUUUGUUAAAACGAGGUUCCUCUGUAGAUCAUAUCAUGGAAACAAUGCCUUAGUAAUUGUAGCUGUAUAAAUGUGAUCACUUUCUUUCUAAAUGUACAUUGCAGUUUCAACAUCUCCCAUGUUGUUGAAGGUUUUUAGAGGCCGGGAACAGUUCCCACAUGCCUCUUGAAAAAAGAGCAUCAGUUCACUGGUUUUCUUAAUUUACAUAUUUCAUUACCUUCACUUUAGCCUUGUGUGUUGGAGAUUAAUGUAAAUUAAGUUAGUUCAUCACAUGAAUGAACAUAACUGUUCUUACUAAGUGAUGUAUUCUUUAAAUGAUUGAGUUCUCGGAACUUUAUUUUCCUGUCGUUUGCAACUUCUUUCAGUACCGUGAGGUACUAUUUGAAAAACUAUUGUUUCCUUUUCAGAGCGCUAAGUUUGGCUGACGUAGUUGUACACUGUGUUCAAGAUUUGUGCUUGUUUUGAAACAAUAAAGUAUUUUUUUACUGUU